AUGGCUCGAUCCGAUCACCUGCGGCGGGCCCAUGGUGUCCACAAUGCGAAGGAGCGUAAAAUUGUAUUAAUUUUGGCGACCAGACGGGUCAAUAUCCAGACAGAUGCUUGUCCAGUCUUGGGCUGUAGCUACCACAGAACAAGACUGGACAAGCAUCUGCUCGAUGGCCACAGGGAGCUGACCAGGGACGAGGUGGAGGUCAACCUGGACCUGGUGAGAAGGACCAAGUCCCUUUCCCUCCUGGCUGCGCUGAGGAGAACAAACUCGGCAGUCCAAAUGUCCACAGGGCUCGACCUCAAGGGAGAAGAUGAGGGUGACCACAUAGAGGUGCCAGGGGAGGCGGAGGAAGAGGCCCCGCAGUGCCCAGACCCCAGGAGAGUCCACAGCAUGGCGGAGGUGAAACGCCUGUCGGCACGCCUCCAGCUGGUGGAAAGAGAGCUAAAAACCAUGCGGACCAAAAGCAAGAGGCUGGCCAAGUGGCUCUGCCGCAUGCAGGUUCUGGCAUCUGCCAGGAUGCACACCGCUCAGCCUCAGCAGCAUCAGCCUCUUCCUCAACCCAAACAGGAGCAGCAAGACCCGGUUGGGGAGCAACCUCUGAUCCUUCAGCUGGACGAGCAGGAUAGUGAGCAGGAGCCGGCUGGAAAAAACUACCUGAGGGACUACCAGCGGUACCACCAGGGCAUCUGCCCCACUGGGCAGCACGGGGGCCCAGUGGAAGAAAACUCUGGUCUCGUCCGAGCCCAAAUCUGGGUCUAUACUGCAAGUGAAGGAGGAGAUAUAGGAGUUAUAUGCGUUAUAUCUUCGUCCGAAAGCAGGAAGUUCUUCUGUAAGAAUGAAUGUACCAAAGAAGACCUUCUAGUUGAAACAAAUGCUGUCAGAGAUCAGAGGGGCAGAUACGGCGUUGAUUAUAAUGGAGACUGUGUUUUCGUCAGCAUCUCACAGCUGACCAAGUCUGACUCAGGACGGUACAGGUGUGGUGUGGGAUCUACAUCCAGUGACUUUGACAUCAUUGUUGUAGAUGCACUGCUGAGAGGAAAUCCUCCUGAAGAAACAACCUUCCAUAAGACAACUGGAGAUAAUCUCAUCGUUGCAUGCUACUUUUCUUCCUUUCCUCUCUUUGAGAGAAAGAAGUACUUCUGCAAGGAAGAAUGUGGAGACAAAGGCAUUCUCGUUCAAACAACUGCUUACACAGAGCAAAGAGACCGAUACAGCAUCAGAAAUGUCCAAGGAUUUCCGUCGAAAGGAUUUCUGUAUGUGAACAUCUCACAGCUGACCAAAUCUGACUCAGGACUGUACAGGUGUGGUCUGAACACGUCUUCGUCUUCAGAUCCUUACCGCAAGUUUAGGAUCGUUGUCACAGGUGGUGAGUUUCAUGGUGUGCUGCUAUACGUAGCCAUGAGUGUUCUUAUCGUCGUCGCCAUCUCUGGGCUGGCGCUGACGAUCAUCUGUGUUCGGAGGAACUGCAAACCCGAUGGAUUGAACACCGGAGGAAACUCAGACGGCAUAAACAUGGAGGUUGCCCCAGACUGCCACUAUGAGAACCAUCCUUCAGUCUCCACCGCUGAAGACUCCACCUACAUGAGCAUUGAUCCAGCCAGCAGAGAUCCCCACCAAACAUACUCGACACUCUCACACACACAACACAAAUGACUGUGCCUCAAGAGUCCACUUUGUACUCAGUCUUUCUGUAUUGGAAGGGUAUUUCUUUAUGUCAUGUGUUUGUUGUCAACUUGGAGAAUGGAUUUCUCAUUUUGACGAUGUUGCAGUGUUUUAUUUGCAUGUUUUCUUGGGUUGCAUGAGCUCAAGAUGUGUAUGAUUUUUGUAAAAAGGGAGCUUAAAGUUCUGCUUUUGUGUUAUGCCAGGAUCAGACUACACAAAUUCAGCCCGACUUUGACCCGACAGACACGUCGCAGAAAAACGCUCAGACAUCAUCAAAGAUCAGCGAUCUGAUGUUGGUUGUUGUGUCAAAAUGUGAUAAAAUCUGGUUUAUAAUUAAAUUAGGGGCAAGCAUAUGAUGUGUGCCUUUGAGAUGACAGGUGACGUCUUGUGUCUGCCAGAGAGAAAUCCCAGGUCCUCCUCCCCAUAGUCCCAUCACUGCACAUGCAUUUGCGAGCUACAGAGUCAGAGACUGGCACAGGGCCAACUGCCUGAGGCUUUGGCUAGGGAGAUGCAAAGUCAGCUAAAAGAGACAGGAGUCAGCAAUAUGACAUCAACAAGGGACUUCCCUAAGAAAGAGGUCCUUAGACUCAAACGUAUCCAAUUGGAUUUUUAAGCAGCAUGUCCUGAGGAAUUUUUUUGGGGUGGAAAGCAGAUAUAAGGCAACACCAGACAAAGACAUCUUCAGUAAGCUGUCUGGAACUUUCUCUGGUUUUAUGUGUUGAAAUCUUUUCGAGCACAUUAAACUCUUUUUACAUCUGA